AUGAUUCUAGCAUCAAAUCUACUCCUUCUACUGGAGUUUACCGGAUCAAAUAUGCUCCACAAAUUUCUCCUCUUUACCGUCUUCUGCGCGACAGCAGGGAAUGCUAUGCACCAUCAGGGCAGUAUUCCUGGAAAUGGACAGCCUCCCAUGGUUGGACCUGGAAUGGGCCCUGGAAACGGUCACGGACCAAAUGGGCAUAUUGGAGGACCAAACUGGCCAAUGGGAGGACCAAAUGGUGGCAGAGGGCCAGAUGGACCACAUAUGAAUGGACCGGGAGGACCAGGAUUUGGGCCACAUGGUGGAGCAAGACACUGA